CGGGGGCGCGCGCCGGCCUGACGGACGGACGGACGGACAGACGGACGGAGCAGCCGAGGCGAGCGCGCAGCUCGGACCCGCCCGGACGCAGCGCUCGCCCGGCGGCGGCGGCGAUCACCGGCGCCGGUCCGGCGGCCGCGGCGCCCGCCCUCGCCCGCGCCCCAUGGGGUCACAGAGUCUGUAGAACAGCAACACCAAGACUUCCCAAUGAACAACCGGAAGGAAGACAUGGAAAUCGCGUCCCACUACCGGCACUUGCUCCGUGAGCUCAAUGAGCAGAGGCAGCACGGCGUUCUCUGUGAUGUUUGUGUCGUGGUUGAGGGCAAGGUCUUCAAGGCGCACAAGAACGUCCUGCUUGGCAGCAGCCGCUACUUUAAGACGCUUUACUGCCAGGUGCAGAAGGCGUCCGACCAGGCCACGGUCACACACCUGGACAUCGUCACGGCCCAGGGCUUCAAGGCCAUCAUUGACUUCAUGUACUCUGCACAUCUGGCCCUCACCAGCAGGAAUGUCAUUGAGGUGAUGUCCGCGGCCAGCUUCCUGCAGAUGACGGACAUCGUGCAGGCCUGUCACGACUUCAUCAAGGCCGCGCUGGACAUCAGCAUCAAGCCAGAUGCCUCGGAUGAGCUUUCGGAGUUUGAGAUUAGUGCCCCACCCGGCAGCAGCACGGACGCGCUGAUCUCGGCUGUGAUGGCCGGAAGGAGCAUCUCCCCGUGGUUGGCUCGGCGCACGAGUCCUGCUAAUUCUUCCGGAGACUCGGCCAUCACCAGCUGCCAUGAGGGAGGAAGCAGCUACGGGAAGGAGGACCAGGAGCCCAAGGCCGACGGUCCCGAUGACAUUUCCUCGCAGUCGCUGUGGCCUGGGGAUGUGGGCUACGGGUCUCUGCGGGUCAAGGAAGAGCAGAUCUCGCCGUCUCAUUAUGGAGGGAGUGAGCUGCCUUCCGCCAGGGAUGGUGUGAUACAGAACUCUUUCUCAGAGCAGGCUGGAGGCGAUGGCUGGCAGCCCACAGGUCGAAGGAAGAAUCGGAAGAACAAAGAGACAGUCCGGCAUAUCACACAGCAGGUGGGGGACGAUAGCCGGGCCGGCUCCCCGGUGGCCUCCUUCCUUCCGACGUCUGGGUGGCCGUUCAGCAGCCGAGACUCAAAUGCGGACUUGACGGUGACCGAAGCCAGUAGCUCUGACAGCCGCGGGGAGAGGGCUGAGCUCUUUGGCCACGUGGACGAGGGUCUCCUGGGAGGAGAAGCCAGCUACCUGGGCCCGCCCUUGACCCCAGAGAAGGAGGAGGCCCUGCACCAGGCCACCGCCGUGGCCAACCUGCGGGCAGCGCUCCUGAGUAAGAACAGCCUGCUGUCCCUCAAGGCCGACAUGCUCCGGGACGACAGCUCCCUGCUGCUGGACUACCUGCCCAAAGGCACCCACUCCCUGUCCCUCAACGAGUUCACGGUGAUCAGGAAGAAGUUCAAGUGCCCCUACUGCAGCUUCUCGGCCAUGCACCAGUGCAUCCUCAAGCGGCAUAUGCGCUCCCACACAGGGGAGCGGCCCUACCCCUGCGAGAUCUGCGGCAAGAAGUUCACACGGCGGGAGCACAUGAAGCGGCACACGCUGGUCCACAGCAAGGACAAGAAGUACGUGUGCAAGUUGUGCAGCCGCGUGUUCAUGUCGGCCGCCAGCGUGGGCAUCAAGCACGGCUCGCGGCGCCACGGUGUGUGUGCCGACUGCGCGGGCCGAGGCGUGGCCGGGCCCCUGGACGGCGGUGGCACGGAGGGCUCCCCCGAGCUGUUCCCUGGCGAUGGGCCCUACCUGGAAGACCCCGACGACCCGCGGGGGGAGGGCGAGGAGGAGCUGUGUGAGGACGAAGAUGAGGUGGGCCUGGCCCACGAGGACGCGCUGCUGGCGGCCGAGAAGGAGGACGAGGACUCGCCGCGGGGACCCGGCAGCCCCCCGGGGGCGCCCGACAAGGACUUCUGGAUCUCCUAGGCCGCGGGCUGGGGGCGGGGCGGUGCCACCCCUCCACUGCGCGCGCGCGCGCGUGUGCGUGCGCGCCCGUGUGUAUGUGCGCGCGCGUGUGUGUGCGUGUGUGUGUGCACGCGUGUGCGUGUGUGUGACCCUAGGGAUCUGCUCUCGCCUGGGGCCCGGCCACGCUGAGCCCCCUUUAUUCUGCUCCUGCCCCCCAGACACACACACACAAACCGGCCCUGCGGGCUCCGAAGCAGGCAUGACCCCAGCAAGUAAGGGCUCCGGGACCGAACAGGAUGUUGGGGGGCACAGGGUGGGUUUGAGCAGAGGGAGAGCACAUGUUCCCUCGUGUCUGCAGGGACCAAGCGAGGGUCCCCAGCAGGUACGUGUAGAUAGGGCAUGCACGAUGGCCCGAUGGCCAGGUCAAGGUCGGGGCUGGUCGGGGUCAUGAGCAUGGUCCCCAAGGCCACAGGUCCAAGGGGUGUUAAGGAAGGUGUUGCAUACACCCGAUGUCCAGUGCUGGAGUCUCCCCCCGCCCCCUGCUCUGCUCCCCCUUUUUCAGCAGCCUGGUCACUGCCUGUGGCCACCGCCGCAGCCUUCUGCCGCUGCCGUGGCAGCCUGCGGAAUCCAGGUCCAGUGUACAGAAAGCCCCGUGGCCCUCCUGCCUCUGGGCUUUGGUGCUUCACACACAACAGCUGCAGAAGCCCCUGCCGGGGCCGAGGACUCCCAGGUGCUAUCAUCCGGUGGAGGCCGCCAGGUGGGGACCGACGUGCCACGCUCCUCUGGUGCAGGGCUCAGCACGCCCCGCUGCUGGCCACUCAGGGCCCUUUGGGGGCGCCUGGGCUCUUCGUUCCGCGUGCACUUCCUUGGGGAGCCUGGGGGCGGCCUCGUCCCCUCGGCUCUGCCGUCCUUCGUGCCCAGGCCCCUCCUGCUGGCCCCUCCUGGGCGCCCUUGCCUUGUUGCUGCUAACACUGGAGGUGGGGGUCCUGACAGCUGGGCGCUGCCCACACCUCCCCGCGUGGGUAACCAAACUUUUUAAGUCGUCAGAGACAUAGUUGAGGUAGUUACAUAAAAUUAUUUUGUUUGGCAUUAUUUUUCUGACGGGACGAAUCCUAGCGUUGUCUUUCCUUCAGCUUGUCAGUCCCUCUGUUGUCUUUGUAGAUGAGCUCACCGCCUCUUCGUGACUGGUUUUUUUCUGAGUGAAAAGCAAGGGCCCCGCUGUGAGGACCCUGCCCUGGGCCGCAGGACCCGCCCCGGUCUGGCCCCUUCCCCAUAAGGCCGUUCCGGACCACACUUCACUACUCAGACAUUCCGUCCUGCGCCCGCACGGCGCAGGCGCAGGCAGGGCCCGUCUGGGCACGGGCUCCUCCGGGGGCUCAGCCCGAGCCCCACCGAAGACAGUGUUUCUACGUUCUCUUCUUCCACAGACUGUACGCUUCUACCAGGCCGGUCACCGUGUCACAUCUGUUCUUUUUAGGUGGAAAAAGGAGAAUCCCAUGAGCCCCUAACUUAGGUUCCGGGGGUGGCCUGGAGCGCUCGCCUCCCCAGCUGCCGCUGGGGUGCUGGGGGCCUUCUGUGCUUGUUUUCAGUACCAUCAGUUAGAGGGCGUGGGCAGAGCCGGCCGCCGGCCGCCCACACUCCUGUCUUCCGUGGGGACGUGAGGCUCCCGCGCAGGCUGCCCUGCCAGCUCCUCCUGACACGGGCGGUGGGGGGUGGGGGGCGAGGCCAGUGCAGGGGCUCUGGGCCCCGCUUCCCUUGCUGCCUUUCUCCAGUGAGGCCCUGGGCUGCACCCCUCACAGGGCCCGCAGAACUGUGUACCUCCCCGACUUUCUGACCCCUUUUCUAAACAGACCUACUUUCUUAUAAAUGUAUUUGGAAACCAGACCUUUGCUACCAACAGUGUCUCUGGGUUUUGUACUGGUCCCACUGCUCAGGCCGUCCUGCCCACACCCUGGGCCAUCUCUGCCUCUGCACUCAGGACAUCUCGCUCUUUCUGACCUGCUCGCUCCCUGCUCUGGACCACCCUUGCUGACCUUUUUGGGGGGUCGCUCUCAGUGCCACAGGGGCAUUUUCUUCCUUAAAACCAAUACUGUACUGGAAAACCGAGGGCCCCACUCCUGCCCACCAAGUUCGCAAGGCGUGUGCCGCGAGGCAGGCUCGCCAUCCCACGCAGUUUGCCGCCGUCGACGGAAAUGAAGGCAUCCCCUCUCAGGAGGCGUGGAGGGAAAAGAUGUGUAAUGAAGGGUUUUUUUACGUGACUGGUUUUUUUUUAAAUCAAUGUUUAAACUAAUAAAUAUUUUUUUAUGAAGAGGAAAAAAUGUGUAGAUUACAUUUCACGUUUUGUACUUUUUUGUUUGUGUCUGUCUGUAUUUUGGUGUUUGCAACACCAAAGUGGAAAAUGCAGUCUGUUGAGUGGUGAGUUCUUUGGGGUGGGGGGCGCAGGGAACCCGUAUGACUUUUGUAUCAAGCUCUGGAUCCUGACCAGGUUGUAUAUUUGGACUCUGGGUUUUGGGAAACAGUCAUAACACUGCCAGGACUGAAUAGGGACCUCGACUCAAGAGACACGGCUACUCCUUCCAACUUUGCACAUCUUCCUUUUUAAAAAAGAAACUCUGAGAAAAGGCAAAAACUGGAACUCUUUGCAAUAUGAUGAAAGAUAAUCUUAUUUUCGCUCAUUAUGUGACGUGCGACGCUUAAGAAAGCCAUACUUACUGGUUUUUAUUUUUUAGAUUCCGUGCUGUGUUUUGUACGUGGCCCUUUCAGAGCUACUUGUAGUGAGGGCACUGUGUGUGUGUGCUUUUCUGAAAUAUUUAUUUUUUCAACAUGCUUUCAACCUGUCAACAAAAACAAAACAGACAAACAAGGGCAGUGUUUGAAAAUUGUUGGUUUUCUUUCCCUUGGGGAUAAUCUAUAUUAUAUCAACUUUAUAUUAUCAUAAACCUGUGUUUGUAUUGGAGAUGUGUUUAUUUGGGAGAAGAGACUUCAGUGAUUGGUUGGCAGAAAAUCGCAGCUGUUGCAGUCUGUAGCCACAGGGCAGGUGGACGGCACCUUCCUGUCUGCCGGGGCGAGCUCUGGGCCUGCCUGGGGGUCUCCUUCCUGUGACGGUUUAGCUUCGACCUUCUUGCAAAGCUUCCACUUUCAAUAAACUGGGAAAUUGCUGCUCAAGCGGAC